GCGCUGUAAUCUGAUAAAACUUUAACACGUAUAGAUCUGCAUGUCGAAAUAUUUGUUGUUUUUUUAAAUACAUGUAUUGAUUGACACAAAGCUAUAUAGCUGCUCGAAAUGGUUUCAGAGGUUUCUGAAGAACACAAAAGACGGUGCAGAUCAUGUGAUCUGUACAGCGUGAACUCACUUAAAUUAUUUUUGGUUUAUGUGAUUCAAGGAUUGCCAUAGGUUUAUAGAUUAGCAUCCAUAAUCUGUGAUGUGUUGUUUUAAUCAAUUGCUUUGAGUCAUUUUUACGUUGUAGUGAAUGUUUUAUUCGGACUGUAGCGCAAUAACUGUUUUUUUGUUUUUGUUUUGUUUGUUUGUUUUUAAACUACACUUCCCACAAACACCCGCGCUAGAUUAGCUGGUUAACGCACAGUUAAUCAUUUUUUCUCUAACUAGCUAGCGCGUAUCUUCGUUAUAUUAUUUACUUCAACAUGCAAUUUCAUUAUAUAAUCCACGUCUUUAGCAAACUGUUUCGUUUAUUUCCUAGUUGAAGCUCCGAAUACCCGGAUGAGACGGCGCUAUCUGAUUAGCCCAAACGACAUUUUGACUACGCGCUACCGGCGAAGAAAAACUCCAACUCCCAUGAUGCUCUCAGCGAGUGGGAGGUUAAACAGCGCACAUUAUUGCAGAUCCCAUACCGUGCAAGUACUUACGGUUUAUACAGUACGCGCGCUACAUUUCUCUUUUUCAUUUCCGCCAUUAUAAUGAUGAUAAUGAUGAUGAUUGUCGUGGUGGGCUCCGGGGUCGUGGCGUUAAUCCUGAGGCUGAUGUCGCCUCACAUCAGGAAAUACGCGGCAGGUGGAGUGUGUGUGUCCACUGUACGUCUGGACGGGAAGACGGCGCUGAUUACAGGUGCGAACACGGGGAUCGGGAAAGAGACGGCGCUGGACCUGGCUGCUCGGGGUGCACGGGUGAUUCUGGCCUGUCGAGAUGUGGAGAAAGGUGAGGAGGCGGCGGCGGAGAUCCGCAGACGUGUGGGUGGUGCACAGGUGGAGGUGCGAGAACUCGACCUGGCGGAUACCUACUCGAUACGAGCAUUCGCGCAGAGAUUCCUCCAAGAGGUGAGUCACCUGCACGUCCUGAUUAACAACGCCGGAGUGAUGAUGUGUCCUUACAUGAAGACUGCAGACGGCUUCGAGAUGCACCUGGGAGUCAAUCACCUCGGUCACUUCCUGUUGACGUCCCUGCUGAUCGGCGUGUUGAAGCGCAGCGCGCCGUCCCGCAUCGUCAUCGUGUCAUCGCUGGCGCAUUAUUUCGGCUGGAUCCGAUUCCACGACCUGCACAGUCAGGGCAGCUACAACAGCGGCCUGGCCUACUGCCAGAGCAAACUGGCUAACGUGCUGUUCACCAGGGAGCUAGCACGCAGGCUGACAGGGUCGAACGUGACAGUGAACACGGUGCACCCGGGGACGGUGAUGUCCGAUCUGGUGCGUCACUCCACACUGAUGUCUCUGGCGUUCGCGUUGUUCUCCGUAUUCCUGAAAACGCCGCAGGAAGGAGCGCAGACCUCCAUCUACUGCGCAGUUGCUGAGGAACUGCACUCCAUCACGGGAAAACACUUCAGCGACUGUGCUCCAGCCUCCGUCGCUCCUCAGGGCCGCUGCGAUGAAACCGCCCGGAGGCUGUGGGACGUCAGCUGUGACCUCCUCGGCAUCGAAUGGGACUGAGAUGGCUCUCCGUCCCGUCGCAGACCCGUCAUCACGACCCCGUCACUCAGACGAGCGUUCUGUUCUACCACUUUGCCAAACGCACUUACCACCACUUUAAGCUUAUUUCAAGAAACCGGACCUGGGCUCCCAGUGUCGUCUCGUUUGUACGUCGCCGUAGGGCGAGCAAAAAAUGUCUUUUCCUCGUUAGAAAUCUGAACCUUGUUUUAAGUCACGUACAUUUCACCUCCUCCCCCACUGCAGCUGCCUAGAAUUGUACUGUUUUUAUACAGAAGUAAACUUGUUUUUUUACUACUGUUACACUCAUGACAAGCGAACUGAAAUAUUUAAAUAUGUAUAUAACGUGCAGAAAAACUAUUACGAUUGGCCACGUUUUCCUACUUUUAUUAUACGGAGGGUCACAUCACAUUGUGAUGACCACUUGUGGUCUGAUCACACUGAACUAUUUUCGUAAGGAUUUAAGGCGUGAAAGAUUUUAUAGCCGUUUCCGGGUUGACCGAAAGUCCUGCAGGAAUACACACACAUAUUCUGGUAUUGCUGUAAUUGUGGGGACUGGAUGUUCUCAAAAAGCACAUUAAUGUGUCACAAAAUUGCUUACUGUUGAGCCAUAUGGAGAAACCUAGCUGAAAAUAUCUCGGUGAGAUUGGACGUUGCACUUUUUAGGAGUCUAGAAACUUUUCCUUAGAAUUUCUCUCAUUUCGGGGUCCAAGCACUUUGUGAUGAAACCCUAUUGUUUUGUCGUCAGGAUUCUUCUGGUCCUUUUCCUUCUUCUUCUUCUUCUUUUUCUGGACUGGAUAGUCGAACAGUCAAAUAUAUAUUUUACUUUGAGUCUUCGGCUUACACUGAACAGAAAACCCUUAAGGCUCGUGACUUUGCCUAAUAUGCAAUUCCAGUAAUGUUGACCUAAUCCUUGCGAAUCUGUUGCCAAAUCUCAGAUGAGUUUAACUAUCAAAAGGUUAAAAAAAAAAAAAAAAAAACUGUUGAAAAAUUAAAUAAUAUUAAUAAAUUACAUGAUUGCUACCAAUCUGAUAAAAUGAAGUUACAUUUCGGACCCAUAAGUGGGUUUUUAUGGACAAUGUAGCUUACGCUCUAGAAUAUCGUUUCUGAUAGAAAUCCUGACAUAACGUUCGCUAGCUGUAUGAAUAUGUUUUAGAAAUCCUGUUAGCAUAAGUUAGCUUGCUGGUGAGAAAGUUCUGGCAAAUCAGUUGGGGUUGUUUUAGCUGGAUAAUAUAUGACAAGAUCCUGUGAGAAAUCCGUGCAGGUUAGCCUGCUAGCUAGAACAUGCUUAAAAUCCUACCAGAAAUCCAGUCUUAAUAACUCCGAUGAUUUGAUAAUUGGGCGGGG